AUCGCUGAAUCGCUCCAUCCGUCUGUUGUAGUCUGAAGUUAGUAAGUUACUAGUCUGUCUCUAUUUUUCUCUGCUGUCUUUACUUAUCUUUAUAGUCGUUGCAAUUUGCGGUACCUAUGUGGUAUGUUUACCAAAAUUAUCAUGAUAAUUGUUGUUGUUUAAUGUUCACAUCCGUUCUAUUUAUUUUUCGCCGCGAGUCAAAUAUUAGGGCCGAUGUCCGAUAGCCAUCAAACGUUGUCCUCACCGCCUACACCUAUCCACCGUAUCAAACUUUUCUUGCUGGUUCAAAGAAUUUUACACCAGGACAACACGAAUAGUCGAGUAUCGAUACGGUAACUACUGUUUAACACAUAGUGGUGGCGACUGCGCUAACAAAACGACACUUCAUGUUUUUAUUGUCGAUGUUCGAUCUUCAUUGAAUCGUGUGUGCAUGUGUUUCGUCGUCGUUCCGCCCGCAGCUUUCGAGAAUGCUGAUGGAAUGAGGUAACCAUUGCUGAGGUAGCUAGUGUUGCCCCCGCGAUCUCRUCAAUUCGUACAUCUGGCACCCGUCACUCCAUUAUUACCGGUCCAACAUGGAUCCCAGGGUGCAGCCUUCCGGCAAGUAUUUCCCGGUUGCAAUGGCUGAUAAUGAAGAACCAUAUCCAAGUCUUUCUGAUUACCAUGACUAUGAGCCAAAUUUAGAAUUUGAUGAUACUGAACUUCAAAGUCCAACUGCAGAUAUUGAUUUGGAGAAAAGUUUAGCUAAUGUAAAUGGGACUGUUGGAACAUUAGAUUACAUGGAAUCGCCUGUUUCUGAUGGUACUAUUGAAGAAAAUUUUGAAGAAGAACUAGUAAAUGCUCCUCAAGUUGAAGGCUUAACGUCUAUACAUAAUACAGCAACAGGGAAUUUGUUAGAUGAGUUGGAAGCAGAUGAUUCUAAAGAAGAAGAAGACUUUAGCGAUGUUGCUGAAUGUGGUGUUGUUGAUGUAGUUGGUGAUGAUGCAGUUGGCCGUAAAAUUAUUGUCGUCUCAGCUUGCAAACUACCCAGCAAUAAAGAAGUUGAUCAUCCAAGACUUCUCAGGUAUUUAAUGUACACUUUGGACAAAUUUGUAGAACAAGACUACAGCUUGGUCUAUUUUCAUUAUGGGCUGACAAGUAAAAAUAAGCCUACACUAUCAUGGUUAUGGCAAGCAUACCGAGCAUUUGAUAGAAAGUAUAAAAAAAACUUAAAGGCUCUGUAUCUAGUACAUCCAACUGGUUUUAUCAAAGUUGUUUGGCAACUUUUUAGAGCUGUAAUUAGUGCGAAGUUUGGCCGAAAAAUUAUGUAUGUUAACCAUUUACAAGAAUUGAAACUUUUCAUGGAUUUGGAUCAAUUGAUUAUUCCAGCACCAGUUUUAGAUCAUGAUGAACAAUUAAUGAAAAAAUUAAAUAAAAGAAAAGUUUCACCAGUUGAACAGGAAACUGAACAAAAAUCUGAACCAUUACCAACUCAACAAUUUGGCGUUUCUUUGCAGUUCAUAAAAGCAAACAAUGAUGGAGAAAUAAUUCCUCCAUUAGUACGCAAGUGUGUUGAGUACCUAAGUCUACCAGAUGCCUUAGAAACUGAAGGAUUAUUCAGAAGAUCUGCAAACAUCAAUCAUUUAAGAGAUUUACAGAAUCGUAUCAAUUUAGGAGAACCUGUGGACUUUGGGAAUGAUGUGCAUCUUGCAGCUGUUUUGUUGAAAACUUUUUUGCGAGAACUUGAAGAACCUUUAAUGACAUUUGAUUUGUUUGAUGAGAUUACACAAUUUCAAACACUUCCAAAAGAUGAACGUCCUAGGCAAGUGAAAAUUUUGAUAUUGGAGAAACUACCUCUUGAUAAUUACCAUUUACUCAAAUACCUUAUUCAAUUUUUAUCAAAAGUAAUGGAUAGAUGUGACCUGAAUAAAAUGACUUCGUCUAAUUUAGCAGUUGUAUUUGGUCCAAAUUUAGUACGCAGUCCAAAUAGUCAGUUAUCUUUAGCUGCGAUUGGCCCUAUUAAUGCUUUUACUGAUUUUGUACUUGUCAAUCAUGACCAAAUAUUCAUUAUUUGAUGACAGUAUAAUUUAUAAACAUAGUAUUCUGAAUGUAUUAUUUUGUGACAUGGUUUAUUUAACAUUCCAAAACUUAUAACUAUAUAUUGUUAAAAUUGUAUGAUAGAAACUCAUUUAAUUCACUAAUUUACUUACCUAAGAGUAUUUUCGUUAAUAUUUAUUUCUAUUAGUUAAAUUGGGGUUUUUUCUAAACUUACAAUCUAAAAAAUAUUAA